AAGAGCGUGCGAGUUUGUGAAUUGUACUGAAUGGGGUGAAGGAGAAAAGGAGUUGUAUAUAUGUAUAUUACCAUCAAAAUAUUAGUUUCGCGAAAAAAUUUGGAUUAUUUUGCAUAAAGAGAAAGCAUGAAAAAAUAAAAUAUGGGAAUAUACAGAAAAAAGUGUGCGAAUGCAAUGACGAAACUUGAAAAAAUUUAAAAGUUAAAAGGUAUAUAUAAAGUAAAGUGGUAAAGCUUUUACAGCCCUUUUUAGAAGACGUUUAUUAUUCAAACCGUGUACACAACCAUCAGUACAUCAGAAUGUUUGGAACACUCCGAAUUUUUACAUGUAUAAAUAGAGGUUUGUCAAAGAGAUCAAAGUCGUUAUACAGCUUUGCUACUAUUAUUUCGAACAAUCUUGGGCAAAAGCAUUAUUCUAAAUUUACUGCUGGUCGCGAGGCGGCAUUGCCACUGGGCAUUUAUCCUUUGUGUGAAGACCGAGCGUUAGAUUUAAUAUCAAAUCUCAAGGAAACGGAAUUGGCUGCCAUAAAAUUAGCUUUAAAAAAGUAUGAAGCAAAAAAGCAAAAGGAAACCUUUGAAGGCAAGUUAGCAGCUACACAAUGGCGUACAAAAUUUGGACGCUUAUCAAAUGUACCUACGCUGGGGGAAGUAGAUCCCACUGGUUCAUAUUGUGCCUUUCCAGAUGACUGGUUAAAACGCAAAGCGGCGGAGAAAGCUGCUAAUCCUACGCAGUCUGAUUUAUGGAAAAUUUUCUUUGUAAAUGCGGUGCCAUUCGUUGGUUUUGGUUUUCUGGAUAACUUUACUAUGAUUGUGGCGGGCGAUUACAUCGAGCAUAUUUUUGGAACAUUUAUGUGUAUAUCGACGAUGGCUGCCGCUGGUUUCGGCAAUACGAUCAGUGACGUUUUGGGCAUUGGUUCGGCGCAUUACGUUGAAAGAGGUUGCGAGCUGUUAGGCUUACGUCCGCCUGAUCUAACACCCGUUCAAAUGGAAAUGAAAUCUAGUCGCAGAUCAGCAAAUUUUGGUCGCAUUUUGGGCAUUACAGUUGGUUGUUUAAUUGGGAUGUGUCCCUUAUUAUUUAUGGAAAAUAAGGACGAUAAAGACGAGGAUAAGAACAAAAAUCAAAAUGAAAAUAAGGAACAACAAAAUCUAAAGACCAAAUGAACGUUUUCUGCAUUUGGAAGACUUUUAGGAAUUGUAUUCUAAUUACUUUAAGAAACACUUUUUCAAACCUUACCGACUGCCCAACACGCAAGUACCUCUUCUUUGUUCAAGAGAAAAAAAAAACUAUUGAAUUGUAAGGACUUGUUCUCAGUGGUUUAUUCUGGAGGCAAACCAUAAGUCUAAUCUACAUGUGCUAAGGUUGAAUUACUACUAUUAAGGUCACUUCAUUUUUUCUAUUAAGACCGAAACUAUAUCGCGCGAUAUUUAACAUAAUCGAAGAAGAAGUUUUUAAUAAAAUUAUCUUUAAGCUGAAUUUAAAGUGAAAGCGGCAAAAUUUAAUUUAAUCUGAUAUAUCCUAGAAUAAAUACAACACUAACGAGUUCAUUAGAACAACUCUAACAAUCAAAAUUAUCUCAAGAAAUUAAUAUAAAAAAAAUAUUUUGAUGGAAAUUUUAUGACUAUUUAAAAAGCAUCAAGCGUUCCGCAUAUUAUAAGCAAAGUAGGAUUAUAUAAAAUAACCGAAAUCCCCCUGACCCGCUUGAGUAGGUUAGUGCAUUUUGUGUACCCUCCUAACUUUUUUAUUAUGUUGAUAGUUCAUAAAAAAAGUCAUUAAAUUUCGUUGAUAUCGAUUGAUUUCACAUCCUUAUAAAAUUGCAAAUUGGAAUAGAGAUGUGACUUCUGGAAAAUGAGCACGUGCUAUCUGUGAAAACUCAAUUCUUUAGGCGUUAAAGAAAAAGAAAUAUUCUUCGUUUCCUAUUGGCACUCCAUUCAGUUUAUGUUCGGUUGUCAAGUUUACUUUACUCAACUCAGCGAGUCAUCUGUUGUUGAUUUACUGACUCACAGAAGAAAAAGAAACUGACUCCAGCCAAAGAUCAGCAUCCAAAAUUCGUUUAUAAAAAAAAUAAAUAAAUUCCCAUUGGUCAAAUUUGCUUAUUCAUCAAUGUGCAAAUCGCAUUACACGCAACGACAGCUCAUGAGCACUUGUAUGAAUAUAUGGAAAGAAUUAACAUCAAAUUUUUCAAAAUAGCUCAUGUCGUACCACUCAAGUACCUUGUCCGAAUUUGUACCCGUACCUUAUCGUAGAGUAGACGAAUUCACUGGUGAAAUGUCUUUACCUCCCCCCAUCCGUUUUAAUUUUUAAUAUA